AUGUUAUCCAUAGUAAUAUACGUGGAUACCUCGAUUAUCGCAGCUGCUCUGGGUGUUGGAGGUAUGGAUCCGUUUGACGACUUCCAGGUGACGCGGCUGCCGAAGUCGUCGAAGCCGCGGCCGCCAUCUCCUAAACACACUGCAGCGUAUCGCAAACCAAAGUACCUCUCUACAGGCGAGGAUGAUGCGGAAGCUGGCGAGUCGCUCGGAGAGAGAAGAGACCAUGUUGAUGCUCGGCAUGGUACCGAUCGUGCCUCCGUUGGCGAUAACGGUUCUGCGAAGAGCGCAGAUCGUGACGCGGUCUACGAUCGGAUUCUCGACCACAUGUGGUACGACCGAGACGACGAAAGCUUCCUGAUGCAGAACAACUAUGAUGAAGAGAGCCAGACGUAUCUUGCAGACCAGGAGGCCAAGCGACAGGCGCAGCUGCCUGGCGGUCGUAGCCAGCUGGGCCAAGGAAAACAACAGACCCGGGGUUCUCUCUCGUUCCAGAAGCACAUAGACAAUUCGCUGUGGGAGUUAUCACGUAUUAGACAGGGUGGCGCUGGCUCUCGACUGAGCACUCUGGAGAUGCAAGGGCUGAAUGCCAGCAACAUGCACAAGGACGAGGUCAAGAAGAUAGUGUUGGUGCGGUCUGUGAUACCCCCGUUCAUCUACGAUAGCUUGAAGAAAGAGACGCGUGAGGCGCUGGACGCAAGCGUGGCUGCGGGCGACAACACGUUCAACCACAUCUACAACAAGUUCCUGAACCAGAACAUCUCCGUGAUGAAGGAUGCCACGUCAGACAUUGCGCAGAUGGCAAAGAAGGGCAGCGCCAUAUUGCGCCAGCUCAAGGAAGAGUCCGAGCGCAAUGCGAGCCGCGUGCGCUUCUGGGACCUGGAGGGUUCCAAGCUGGGAACGUUGCUACACUUGGAUGACAACAAAGACACCUCGGCUACCUCUAAGAAUGAUGCAGGUGCCAGUGACCCCAGCAAGGAUGGAAGCAACAGUAACAGCAAAUACGCACAGCACUUGGGGGAGGAAGACUUGCCAGAAGACGAGAUGGAGCAAAAGUUGAAGGACUACAAGACCAAGCUUCGCCAAACGCGCGAGCAGCUACCUGUUUUCAAGUGCCGAGAGGAGCUGCUGUCGUAUAUUGGCGAAUUUCAGGUGAUGGUCGUUGUGGGAGAGACGGGUUCCGGUAAGACGACGCAGCUGGCCCAGUUUCUGUACGAGGCGGGCUACUCGAAGCGAGGCAUCAUCGGCUGCACCCAGCCGCGUAGGGUUGCCGCCGUAUCCGUUUGCCAGCGUGUAGCCUCCGAGAUGGGCUCUAGGGUGGGCGACCUCGUCGGGUACUCGAUCCGUUUCGAGGACCUCACGAGCAAAAACACGGCGGUAAAGUUUAUGACGGACGGUAUCUUGCUGCGUGAGACUUUGAUGGAUCCCGAGCUGGACCGUUACAGCUGCGUUAUCAUGGACGAGGCGCACGAACGCAGCCUGAACACCGACGUUCUGUUUGGUAUCUUGAAGUCCGUGGUUGCCCGUCGUCGUGACCUACGCGUGAUAGUGACCUCGGCCACCAUGGACGCCGACAAGUUCUCCAAGUUCUUCGGCAAUUGUCCGAUCUAUAAAAUCCCCGGCCGCACAUUCCCCGUCAGGAUCGAGUACAUGAGGUCCAUGGGCAACGACUACGUGGAGUCUGCAGUCGACAAGUGCGUGUCGCUCCAUAUCUCCGAGGGCCCUGGUGACGUUCUGAUCUUCAUGACUGGUCAGGAUGACAUCAACGCUACGUGCGAGCUGCUGGACAUGAAGCUGUACAAGGUGAUGAUGUCGUCUAACAGCAGCGACCUACAGCCGUUCUGCGUACUCCCGAUAUACAGCCAGCUGCCCAGCGAGUUGCAGCAGCGUGUCUUCAAGAAGUACCCAUAUCGCAAGGUGAUUGUGUCCACCAACAUCGCAGAAACCUCCCUUACGUUGGACGGUAUCAAAUUCGUGAUCGACAGCGGCUUCUGCAAGCUGAAGGUGUACAACCCGAAGGUGGGUAUGGACAGCCUGCAGAUAACUCCCGUGAGCCAGGCCGGCGCCAACCAGCGUGCCGGUAGGGCGGGGAGGACUGCGCCCGGCGUUUGCUACCGCCUGUACACUGAGCGCACGUUUUUGAACGACCUGUUCGACAACAACGUACCCGAAAUCCGGAGGACCAACCUCUGCAACGUGGUGUUGCUGCUGAAAUCGUUGAAGGUGAAGAACCUCACCGAGUUCGACUUCAUCGACCCUCCUCACAUGGAGAACAUCCUGAGCGCAAUGCUGCAGCUGUGGAUUUUGGGCGGCAUAGACGAAUUCGGGGAGCUCACCGACACCGGCCGGAAGCUGGUCCAUUACCCGCUGGAACCUCCCCUGGGCAAGAUGAUGAUCGCCGGCGAGAGAGAGCAGUGCCUGUCUGAGGUUCUGACCGUGGUAUCCGUAAUGUCUGCGCCCAACGUGUUCGUCAUUGAAAAUGAGUCCGAUGCGCAGCGGGAAACCGCGGACGGCGCCACCAGGGAGAAGUUCAUGGUCCCCGAAAGUGACCACCUGACUCUGUUGAACGUUUACAAGCAGUGGGUCGCUAACGGCCGUUCUGACUCAUGGUGUGCCCAGCACCGUCUGCAGCCGAAAUCGCUGCGACGAGCAUCGGAGGUGCGGCAACAACUUCUGGACAUCGUCGUGAAGCAGGGUAUCGAGGAAACCACAUGCGGCACAAACUGGGAUCAAGUGCGCCGGGCGGUAUGUGCGGGCUACUUCCACAACGCCUCUAAGCUGAAGGGCCUUGGCGAGUACACCAACCUAAGGAGCUUUGCACCGUGUUUCCUGCACCCAUCAUCGGCGCUGUACGGCAUGGGAUACACCCCUGACUACGUCGUGUAUCACGAGGUUGUGAUCACCAGCAAGGAGUACAUGCGUCACGUCACCGCUGUGGAUGCUGAAUGGUUGUACGAAUUGGGCCCAUCGUUUUUCUAUCUGAAAAACAUUAACGCCGGGGAAAACGCACAGCGCAACAAGGACAAGCUGGAGAACCAGCGCCUGUUGCAGGAAAUGCAGUACAAGCGCAAUCGCCAGGAGACCCUGGAACGCGCCCAGCUUCCCGGAGCUGACAAGGGUAGUUCCGGUGUCACUUUCGGCAAAAGGAAGUCCAAUACACGCUGA